AUGUCGCCCUUUGGUCGCCUGUGUCUCCUGGUCUUCGUUGGCCUGAUUCUCCCCACCAGAGGACAGACAUUGGAGGAGGCUACAUCCGUUACUGUAGCAGACCCAGUCACUGAGAACGUUCAUGCCCUGACUCCAGCCCCAGACACCGUCCACCCAGAACUCCAGCCCACUCCUCAGACUUCAACCCUGCAGGCUGGAGCAACCCCGAACCAGAUGGAGAUCCACACCCAGCAACCGACGGAAAUGGAUGUGCUUCUAACAACAGGUCCGGGGACAGACAAGAGCAGGACGCAAGGCCCCACGCCCCCCAAGACCCAACUCCCACGCAAAAACGUCAGGACGGACCCCGCCCUCAGGCAGACUGGUUCAAGCGAGGACGACCCCUUCUCCUAUGACGAGGACACCCUCAGGAAACGGGGCCUGUUGGUGGCAGCCGUGCUGUUCAUCACCGGCAUCGUCAUCCUCACUAGUGGCAAGUGUAGGCAGUUGCCCCGGUUAUGCCGGAGUCAUGACAGAUGA